AUGCUGCUCGACGAAGAUCCUGCCGCGCUGAUCCGAGCCACUGUCUCAAAUUUCAACAUUGCACCCGACAAAGCGGCCCUCUCACGCGUCAAUGACUCCCUUUCUACCCUACAACAGUCUCGCGGCCUCCGAACUCGAGACGCAGAGACCGCUCUGAGAAAGUUGUCCCGCCAGUUUGCGACACUCUCCUCACAACACCGAGAAGUCAUUUCUGGUCACGACAGUGGAAGACACGCAAGUGAGAUUGUUCAACUCGACACAAAGAAAUUUCGCAUUGCAAAACAGGCCUCUGAACUUGAGAUUGAGAAUGAGAGGUUGGAGGCCGACCUUGACAGAUUGAAGAUGCGCCUGGUAGAUCUGGAAGAGCAAGGAGUCGAAGGGGAUGAGGCCAGUCGACUGACCAGGGACGCUGAGGAUCCAACAAUAUUACGGCUAUGGCUAUAUCGGUCGCUCGGGAUUACACUUGGACAAGAUGAAGCUGGCAAUUACAAUAAGGCAACCAUUGGUAAUACCAAAAAGGGUGAUGUCCAUGUGGUCAACAUUGAUCCAAAGUUCUCUACAUAUUUCUAUGCAGAUUACUUUUGGCAGACGAUGCAAGGCUGA